AUAUGGCGUCUUCCCUUGACAUUGUCUGGAUUUUGUUGAUUCGAAAGCGUUUUUCCAGUCGUUGCAGUGGCCACUACUGUCAGUAAGGAGCACUGCAUCAACUACGAUCACAUGAGGAUUGUCACCUGACUCGCCCUACGUUUAUCCACUGUCUAGUUAGCUACGAAAUUAACUUUUACAUGGUGGUUUUAUGUUUCAUUGCCUUAUUAUAAUAAUGCUUCAACCUGCUAAUGCAUCCAAGUAGUGCGUCGGUGAGUCAUUUUACAUAAGCUAGCCGCUUACUAGCAAUGGGGCCACUCCUCAUUCAUACCGCAGCUUCGAAGCUAACUGACUAUUUAAUUUAACAUUAUAUUAUAAUAACUUAUAUAACAUGUUAGUGUUAUGCUUGAGAAUAGGCGAAAAAGAAGGAGUUUCGUUGAGUCAGGCUAACUAGGGCUAACUAGCUUAUUCUUACACUGACUUGGAAUCGACUUCCACCGUAAUUAUGGCUUCAAUAUUGGACGAGUACGAGGAUUCGCAAAACAGCCGGCAAAACACGCAGCAGCGCGGCCGCCUGGCGAGCACCAACAUCGGCAUAACACACUCAGGUUUCGUCAAUGUUCGACUGGAGGAGGAAAAGCCUAUUUUCAAUAAGCAGAGGAUCGAUUUCACGCCGCCCGAGAGGAUAAAUCACCUGGCGGUCUGCAACAAUCAGCUAUGCAUGAGUUUAGGGAGGGACACCCUGCUGAGGAUUGAUUUGGCUAAACCUGAUCAACCCAAUCAGAUUGAGCUGGGAAGGAAAGAUGACAGCAAAGUACACAAACUCUUCCUGGACCCGACCGGCUCCCACUUGCUGAUUAGCAUGAACACCAGUGAGUGCCUAUACCUGAACAGGAACACGCAGAAGGUGCGCAGUCUGUCUCGUUGGCGGGGCCACCUGGUAGAGAGUGUGGGCUGGAACAAGAUGCUGGGCAACGAGACCAAUACAGGACCCAUUCUGGUCGGCACUGGCCAAGGCGUCAUUUUCGAGGCGGAGAUCUCUGCCACCGAGGGGAGCCUAUUUAACACCAACCCGGACCAAUAUUUCAGACAAGUCCACUCCUUAGAGGAAGACGGGAGACCGGCGCCGGUGUGCUGCCUGGAAGUGGAGCGCGGCUUGGAGAACAAGUACUUCAUCAUCGCCACCACACGCAAGCGCCUCUUCCAGUUUGUUGGCAAGGUGGCCGAGGGGACGGAGCAGCAGGGCUUCAGCUCCAUCUUUACACAGAACCAGGACCUGCUGCCCAGCUUUCAGGAGUUCCCUGCCAACAUGGGCUACAGCGAGAUCACCUUUUACACGUCCAAGCUCCGCACCUCCCCCAAGGCCUUCGCCUGGAUGAUGGGGAAUGGGGUACUCUACGGGCAGCUAGACUACGUCAGGCCUGAUUCCUUGCUGAGUGACGUGCAGGUGUGGGAAUACACAACUGACAUCGACCUGUCUUUCAACAAGCCCAUAUCCAUCGUGCUGACCCAGUUCCAUUUUCUGCUGCUGUUGCACGACCGGGUCAAGGCCAUCUGUACGCUAAAUGGCCAGGUGGUUCACGAAGACGUGUUCCCAGAUAAAUUCGGCCCACUCAAGAGAAUGAUCAAGGAUCCGGCGGGUGGCCUUGUGUGGAUCUACACAGAGCGGGCCGUGUUCCGCUACCACAUCCAGCGCGAGUCCCGCGACGUUUGGCAGAUGUACAUGAGCAUGAAAAAGUUCGACCUGGCCAAGGAGUACUGCCGAGAGCGUCCCGAGUGCAUGGACAUGGUUCUGGCCAACGAAGCUGAACACUGUUUCCAGAACAAGCGCUACCUGGAGAGCGCCAAGUGCUACGCCAUGACGCAGAACUACUUCGAGGAGAUUGCGCUCAAGUUCAUCGAGGCCAAGCAAGAGGAGGCCCUGAAGGAAUUUUUGCUGAAGAAGCUGAGCAAUUUUAAGUCAAGCGAAAGGACGCAGAUAACUUUGCUCGUCACCUGGCUGACCGAGCUCUAUUUGAACCGACUAGGCCAGAUGGAGGACGACGACGGCAAAUCGGGCGACCUCUUCCGGGAGACCCGUGAGGAGUUCCGUCAAUUCCUGAAUACGUCCAAGCACCGCGAGUGCCUGUUCAACAACCGCAGCACCAUCUACGACUUGCUGGCUAGCCACGGCAACGUGGAUGACAUGGUGUACUUCUCGGUGGUCAUGCAGGAUUACGAAAGGGUGGUGUCGCACUACUGCCAGCAUGACGACUACCGCGCCGCUCUAGACGUGCUUGCCAAGCACUGCGAUGAGAAGCUCUUCUACAAGUUCUCCCCGGUGCUCAUGCAACACAUCCCAGAGAAGGUGGUGGACGCCUGGAUCCAAAUGGGCAAGCGGUUGGAUCCCAAGAAACUCAUCCCGGCGCUGAUGAACUACAGCCACAUGGGAAGCAGCCAGCAGAUCAACGAAACUGUGCGUUACAUGGAGUUCUGCGUACACGAGCUGCGUGUCACGGAGGAAGCCAUCCACAACUACCUGCUGUCUCUCUACGCUAAGUACAAGCCUGACUCGCUGCUGCGCUACCUGGAAGAGGCGGGCACAUACGCCUCGGAGAUCCACUACGACCUGAAGUACGCGCUAAGGCUUUGCGCCGAACAUGGCUAUCUGCGCGCCUGCGUGCUGGUCUACAGAAUUAUGGAGCUGUAUGAGGAGGCAGUGGAUCUCGCCUUGCAAGUGGAUGUGGAUUUGGCCAAGAGCUGCGCUGAUCUGCCCGAUGAUGACGAGGAGCUACGAAAGAAGCUGUGGCUGAAGAUCGCCCGCCACGUGGUGCAGGAAGAGAAGGACGUGAAGAAGGCCAUGAACUGCUUGUCGAGCUGUGACUUGCUCAAGAUCGAAGACAUCCUGCCUUUCUUUCCUGACUUUGUCACCAUCGACCAUUUUAAGGAGGCGAUUUGCAGUUCCCUAGAGGAAUACAACAAGCACAUUGAGGAGCUCAAGCAGGAAAUGGAGGAGGCCACGGAGAGCGCCAAACGCAUCCGAGAGGACAUCCAGGAAAUGCGGAACAAAUACGGAGUGGUGGACUCCCAGGACAAGUGCUCCGCUUGUGACUUUCCGCUGCUCAACAGGCCCUUUUAUUUAUUCCUCUGUGGACACAUGUUCCACUCUGACUGCCUCCUACAGGAAGUGACGCCUCAUCUCUCCGCCUACAAGCUGAGUCGUUUGAGUGAGCUACAGAAGAAGCUUUCAGCAUCCACUCAAGCGUCCAAGUCGCGACACCGGUCGAUGCAAAAUGAGGACAGUGAUGCGGCUAGCCUCGCCAAGGGUGACACGGCCAGCCUUGGCAAGGACGCCGCCAGUCGUGAGCAGGUGAAAUCGGACCUGGACGACAUGGUCGCUUCUGAGUGCGUGUAUUGCGGAGAGCUGAUGAUCAAGUCUGUGGACAAGCCCUUCAUCGAUCCGCAGAAGUACGAGGAAGACAAAUCCAGCUGGCUAUGAAUGAGACAAACUUGGGUUGGAUUUAGCAGAGACUUUUUUGUCCGCUUGCCUGUUAGUGCCUGAUCCGUGACCACUACUGAAAAUAGUGUUUUUUUCUGUUCUUGGCUGAUUUACAAUAUUUUUACACUUCUGAAUCUCACAUAAAAUCAUGCUAGAGUUCCCAAUAUACACAUAUUGCAAUGAAAAGUUUAACAUUUGGAAUCAAAUGCACAUCAUGGUGUUUGACGGAUUAUGUUGCAUGCUAUUAUUGUCCAAUGUCCUAAUGCCCAAUAUUUCUUGAAUUGUCUGUCUUAGCAAAACCAUUGAAGAUAAAUAAAUCGCAUUAAAUUAAUGCUUUGC